GCCGCUCUAGUGUCACUCUGGCGCGGUUCUUCGGCUCGCUGGCAUGGCGCACUCCGUCUGGCUUCUCGUGCCGCUGGCAACGAUCCUCUUCGCCGUUAACGGCCAACUGGUUUUCAACCCUGACCGGCAGGCGCCCGAGGAGAAGGUUCCAUUGCAAAUUACCUUCGACCAGACCAACAAGGCCGUGUGCCCUGAGUCUGAAGGGGUCUACGAGGACGCCACGUUCUGUGAUGCCUAUUGGGUCUGUAAGAAUGGCGCCGCAACCGAGAAGUUCUGUGAGGAUGGUCUAGUUUUCGACCCUAAAAAGGCUGGGCAUGCUGAUCCCUGUGAUACACCACACGUCGUCCACUGCGGGACUCGACAAGAGCUGCAGGAACCAACUUUCCCGAACGAGUUUUGCCCUCGCAAGUACGGCACCUUUGAGCACCCAGACCCGAAGGUGUGCAACGUGUACUACCAGUGCGUGAACGGCGUACACACAGAGGUGACCUGUGCCACCGGCCUGUACUUCAACAGCACGCAGGGCUCCUGCAACUGGCCUGCAAUUUCUCAGAGGACAGGAUGUGUCGACAAGCCGAAAAUGUCCAGCGAUGGGGCUUUCUCGUGUCCCGGCGGAACCCACUUGGACGCGAACGGUAUUGCGGUGCCCCACCCCUCCUUCCCCAACGCCGACGACUGCUCCAAGUUCUAUGUGUGUCUCAAUGGCGAGACGCCCCAGGAGGCUUCAUGUGACAAGGGACUGGUCUUCGAUGAGCGCUCUAUGAUCUGCGCCCUGCCCGAGACCGUGCCUGAAUGCGAGGGCUGGUACGCCAACGACCCGGCAUUUGCGCACUACUAUGACUCAGCCCCGGCCACCGGCCGCGCUGACCCCGGCAGACAGGACGUCGCCGGCGGCUAGAGUCAUGGAGGUGCCACUCGUCCACUAGCGACCCUCGCUUCCAACGUCCUAUUGGCGGCGAAAUUGUGGGUUCUUGAAUGUUUUGGACGGCAAUUUCUUCACAAGAGCAAAAUACAGUCGCACUUGGGAGCAUGCGAAGUUCAUUUCACGCACUAUAUCUAUUUCAUUUCACUACAGUAAAUAAACGAACGAUGUAAGAGACCUUAUAGGAUUUCAUUCUAAUCAAUUAAAUAAUUAUGCAUUAUUUAACUAAAUUUAAAAUGUGGAAAUUAUCGAUAUUAUAGUGAAAAUUGAUAUGUAAGUACCUCAAAGCUUGUCUGAUUUAUAAACGCCCUUGAAGAGGUUGAAAAUUCUCUUUUUUUUCGUAUCAAACAUCCGUGAAAGACUCCGUUGUCACGAUUUGAGAACUCCUUUUUCUUGUGGAAAAUAUGGUCGGGAGUGUACAAAAAUGAGGUUAGCGUUGAUGUUGGUUCACUUUGUGGGAGUUGAACGUUUUAGGAGAAAUACUUUCUCGUAACGAUACGUUAUAACAUAACAUAACAUAGUGAUCUCGGCGCUGCAGCGUAGGCCUGAU